CCUCCAGUAGAACUUGCUGGUUCUGGUUCAUCUACAGAGCGCUUCUGUCGGGUUUCCUGUGUUUUCCGUUGUCCGGCGUCUCUGACCGCUUGGAGAAAAAGACGCACGAGCAGGACCAGCAUGGUGCAGCUGUCUCCGUCCCCCACACUGGAUGUCACUGACACACCCGCGCCCCCGGCCGCAGCKGCUGAGGGGGAGCAGGGGGGUCCAAAUGUGAGCUCACCUGUGGAGCCGUUAAACCUGGACGUGUCCACCCCCUACCCUGGAUAUGAGGCCUACAUAGAGGACGGGCUCAUCUGCCUGAAGCACAAAGUCCGGAACCUGGAGAAGAAGAAGAUGAAGCUGAAGGACUACCAGAAGAGGCUGAGCCAGGGAGAGGCCCUCAACCAAGACCAGAUGGCGGCCGUGGAGAAGUACGAGGAGGUGGUCCACAACCUGGAGUUUGCAAGAGAGCUGCACAAAACCUUGGAUGGUCUCACCCAGAGUUUGCUGAAGGCCCAGAAGAAAGCCGUUAAAAAAGAUCAGUUGGCAAAGACUGAGAUGGAGAGGGGCCAUCUGAGCGUGGUGCUUCAGUUUCAUUAUCUCCUCAGUGGCCUACUUCAGGAGCAUGUGCAGAAAGACCUGCUGGCUGGGUGCAACCAUGCACCCCACAUCCCAGCUGCAAAGCUGAACAGCCUGACACAACUCGCCACCCUGUUGGGUGUCAAGAAGGAUGACCGGCUGAGUUUAAAGGAGCAGAUGGAGCAGGCUGCUGUGGUCUACAUGGACCUUCUGGAGGGAAAGGACACGCCUGUGGCUGGAUCCACAUAUAUGUUGCUGAAAGAUGAGCUCUUCAGGCUGUCAAAGUACAAGUACUUCAAUAAUCUUCCUCCUCUACCCAACCGGACCCCAGAAGUAUUCAUGCGCUCACYCAGCCAGAUCAAUACAAAAUCAAAAUCAAACGAAAACAAUGAGUUUUUCAACAGACUGUACUUGAGUGAUGGACAGGCUGCCUCUACUCAGAACUGGAAAGAGGAUUUCCAGGCAAUGAGGAGGAGAGAGCCUCCUGACAGCUGGGAGGCAGAAUUUCCUGAUGGACAUUCAUCUCCACAAACUGCAGUGAACAAACCGUGGAAAGGAGCAGCAACAUUUAUACCUAAAGUGGUUCCAAUCUCCUCCAAGAAACUCUCAUCUGAAACCAAACAAAAAAAGGAGAAGAAAGCCAAAGGAGAACAAAUAUUGACAACUGAGAUGAAGAUGCCAGUGGAGGUCUUCAGCUCUCCGUCUGCCUUACCUAAAGACCCCACAUUAAGGAGGCAGCAUUUAGAGGACCUCAUGACAAAAAUCCACGGCUCUUUCAGUUUCAUGCAGGACUCUCUCUUGGAUGGUGAGAACUCUUUGACCAAUGGAACACCCCGGCUGAAGAGACUGUCGUCUGGAAGUCCCUCUCCACUGGCCCAUGAAGGUGUAGGAAGCCUGGACAUCCUGCCCAAAACAAUGCAAUCAACCCCACUGCCUCCCAGGCUUCUGGAGCAGAAAGUCUGUUUGACCAAAGGGGAUCAGAAUCUGCAGAGCAGCGACUUGGACCUUUCCUCAAAGAACCUGGAUCAAGAGUCUCCUCAGUCGGCUGACAGAACCUUUUCCUCUCCACCACUCUAUCAUCGGAAAUCCAUCACAGCUGCUCUGGAAGAGAAGAGCUCUCAUUGUAAGCCAGCAGCUGAUCCAGUGAAAAAUUCUCCCUGUAAUGGGGGAAGGUUGAGUACCACCACCCUACCCCAGGCAGAGACUUUUACCACCCCUCCCACCAGGCGGACCUUCACCUCUUCAGAGUUUCAGAACAUUCAGUCUGUCUUUAGGGUGACUACUGCUUUAUCCCAAACUGGGGAAAUGUUCUACAAGUCAAAUCCUGCCAUUUCUUCUGGAUCCCCUUACAUAACUGUCAGCACCCAGACACCACCAGAGUUUGCCCCAUCAGAUGAUGAGCCCUCGCUGGUAUAUCAGUCAAACUACUCAAUGGGUAAUGGUGGCCAGAUCUUCCUGUCCCCUGGCCAGUCCGGUGCAGGUCUGAGUCGACCCGGUCUGUCCCACUACACCAGAGGGUCUGUCAGAGGAGGAUCCUACAUCCCCCAGGCUCCCCUCAGAGACUCUGGUCCACUCUUCUAUGCUGCCAAA